AUGGAUCUGCUCGCUGGAUCAGCAUUUUCUUGUGUUCUGCGAAACAUGGAGGUAAGCGAAACUUUAAGGCUACCUCAGAAACUAAUAACAUUUCGAUGUCUUAAAUACUGGCUAGAGGGAAAAAACAAAGGGAAGCUUGAAGUUUUCAUAGACAACCUUCCUGGUGGACCUGAUAACAUCAAUCUUGCACCAGAUGGUUCUUUUUGGAUCGCUUUACUUCCGUUGGCGCCUAAGGGGUUUGAGUUUAUACCCAAAUGGCCGAUGUUUAAAUAUGUAGUUGCACAAUUUCCGAAGCUUGUGGAGUUACCAAGGGCCGCAAACUAUAAGAGGUCAAUGGUGGUGAAUGUGGCAGCGGAUGGGAAGAAUAUCAUAAGAAAGUUUGACGAUGAAGGUGCGAAAGUGAUGCCAUUUCUCACCUCUCCUCUGGAAUUUGAAGGUCAUCUCUACUUGGGAAGUCUCCGUCCCAACUUCGUGGGCAAGCUUAAGCUUCACAACUAG